AUUAAAUAGGGGAAGAAAGUGGAGUGGAACGCGGGGAUUAUCGGUUGUAAGAUAGGAUGAUGAUGAGGGUCUGCUGUGCCCUUUUCUCCGGCCCUAUUAUCCUCUCUACUUCAAUUACCCGCAAUAGAUUCUGUUUACCCCUUCCCUACAACAACAACAGCUCUCAUUUCCAAUCCAAAAUCUACGGCUUAACUUCAAUUACGCACCCAAACCCCAUAUUCCAACCAAAUUAUAAGACGACAGGCAGGAAUGCAAAUUCCCCCAUUUUUUCAAAUUUAUGUGUGGCAAAUGCACAGGCACAGCCUUCUGAUGAUUUCAUUGUUGUCAAUUUUUAUCACUUUGUCUUUAUCAAAGACCCCAAUGCCGAAGUUUCCAACCACCUAUCUUUUUUGCAGGAUCUUAACAUACAUGGCAGAAUAUAUCUGAAUGAACAAGGGAUUAAUGCACAGUACAGUGGACCAUCAAAGCAUGCUCUUGCAUAUGUUGAAUGGCUAAGAGAGGAUUACAGAUUUUCUGAUAUACUGGUUCAGAUAUCUCCAGCAUUCAAUGGACAUGCCUUCCCAAAAUUAAAGCUGCGAUAUAAGCCCUCUCUAGUACAGUUGGAAGGAGGAAUUUCACAUCUCCCCUUGUUGGACCCUUCAAUGCGAGCAACACCUCUAGCUCCUUCUGAGUGGAGAAAAAGAUUGGAAAUGGUACAUGAAGUUGAAGGGAUGUCAAAUUCAGCUCUUGGUUCAAAGUAUGUUCUAUUGGAUGUGAGAAAUGGGUAUGAAUGGGAUAUUGGUAAUUUCAUUGGGGCCCAGCGACCUGAUACAGAAUGCUUCAGGAGCACUUCAUGUGGAGUAUCCGAUGCAGAGGCCAUUGCUUCGGAUCCUUUAGCAAAUGCCGAUAAAAACACAACACAGAUAUUUAUGUAUUGCACAGGAGGCAUCCGUUGUGAUGUGUAUUCUACUAUUCUCAGAGAACAGGGCUUUCAGAAUUUGUACACUUUGAUGGGUGGCAUUUCUCAUUAUCUCAGUAAAGAAGGCCCCAUAGAGUGGGUUGGAAAUUUGUUUGUGUUUGAUGACCGUCUCUCUCUUCCACCUUCGGCCUAUAAUUCUGAUGCCACAGCAGCCGCGUACAAAACUUACCAAGGACCCAAGAAGAAUCUAUAUGCUAACUGUUAUAUUUGUGGGUCACAUGUCAGUGAGUUGAGGCAUCGAAACUGUGCUAAUCUUGAUUGCAAUUUACUUUUUCUAUGCUGUAUGGACUGUACGAAGGAUUUAAGAGGAUGUUGCUGUAUGAAAUGCACAACUGCUCCUCGGCUUAGACCUGUUCUGCCAGGGAAUCAAAGAUACAAGAAAUGGCACACUUACCGAGAAAUGGAAAUGCAAGUCAACUUGACUGUUUGAUAUCAAGAUUGGAAGUUACUAGUUUGGGGUGAUUUACUUGAGAGGUCCUAUAGAACCAUGAAGACCUGUGAAAAUUCUACUUUACAGCUCCUCCAUUUCAUUAUUAUUACAAUCAGUAUAUGAAAGGAAGUGCAAUGUCCACUAGCCUAGACUUGGGUGCGAAAAAUGAUGACAGAAUGCAGAUUGUUUAUAAUCUGGAAUCUUCAAGGUCGCAGUGUGACAGUCUUUCACUUCAUUUGAUUCAAACACAUCAAUAUCAACUGCAUAAUGCUGAGGAUGUAUUUACCCUACGUAUGGAGGAGGUGAUCUAUGAACAAGAGUCAGAUGAAGCGGAGAAGAUCCAAUUGCGUAAUUUGGACCAAGCACACCUUUAAAGUUUGAUGACGCAAGUCCACAAGUUCAUUACCCAAUGGAAGAAUUGAACCUUAGCUCUUAUGAGACAAGACGACUUAUAUCAGCACUUGCCAAAGGUUUUAGAAGAGAAAAUGUGGAGGUGUUACUUAACAAAGUGGGGCGAGAUUUUCAUGAUAUGAUAGUGGAUCACAUUGAGCACUUAGAGAAAAAUCUUUCAAACGAUGAGAGCACAAAUUGAGACUUAAACCUAUUAAUGUGCCUUUGAAGUAAAUGCGGCGAACCUUUUAGGGGUUUUGAUACAUUACAGAGAUGUGGAAACUGACAAAAAGAAGCGAAGGCAAUGAUGGAGGCUAAAGCUUCACAAAAUAAGAAAGAAUCAAGAGAUUCCAAGGCCAGGUAAAUUACUUGAGGAGCAUUAUCUCCAACUUGACAGGAAAGACUAAAGAGUUCUCUAGCCUUUUAAAGCUGAAGGAAUUAGAGGAGUUUGGGAGGAACAUCAUCAAACAAAAUAAAGGAAUAUGACUGAGCCUCCAGUAAGGAAGGAUGUCCUUUCAAAUUGUAUACUCAACAGCAAAUGAACCUAUAGGAUGUCUUUUAGCACAAAGUAAUGCCACGGGACAUGAGCAUGCCAUAUAUUAUUUAACUAGGGUCCUAACCCCAUUGAGGUAGAAUAUUCACCUAUAAAAACAUCAUGUUUAGCUUUAUAGUUUGCCUGUAUCAAUUGACAUUACAUAAUUAAAUCUAGAGUAUAUCCAGUGUCUCUGACAUAUUUAUGAAAA